CCCGAUCUCCCGGUGGCGGCAGCUGAGCGGGGAGAGAGCGCGCUGGGCGCGGCCGACCCGUGCUGCCCGGCGGAGCUCAAGAGCCCCGAGGUCAUGGUCUGUGCUGUGACGCGGGGUGCCUGAGCCCCGGGACGCGAGCUCCGGAGGCAGCUGGCGCGGGCGCUCCCCAGAGGCCGACGGAAGUUGUGUUCCUGGUGAUGCUGUGCUGCGUGUGGUUCCCAGCUUAAAGGGAGGAGGCCUUUGGCAGUUCGCGGCUGAGCAGCAAGCAGUGCUUUGAAGAAGUGAUUUAGGUGAGCGCUGUGGGCUAUGGGAUGGAUGAGGUGGAGCAGGACCAGCACGAGGCCCGACUCAAGGAGCUGUUUGACAGUUUUGACACCCUGGGAACUGGGUCUCUGGGUCAAGAGGAGCUCACCGACCUCUGCCAUGUCCUGAGCUUGGAGGAUGUGGCCCCGGUGCUGCAACAGACGCUACUUCAGGACAACCUCGUGGGCAGGGUACAUUUUGACCAAUUUAAAGAAGCGUUAAUACUUAUCUUGUCUAGAACCCUGUCCGGUGAAGAGCACUUUCAGGAGUCAGACUGCUCACUAGAGGCUCAGCCCAAAUAUGUUAGAGGUGGCAAGCGUUAUGGACGAAGAUCUCUACCCGAGUUUCAAGAAUCUGUGGAAGAGUUCGCAGAGGUGACAGUGCUCGAGCCACUAGAUGAAGAAGCAAAGCCGUCACACCUCCCAGCUGGUGACGGCAGUGAGCACUGGAAGACACAGCACAGUGAGGAGUAUGAAGCUGAAGGUCAGCUAAGGUUUUGGAACCCGGAUGACCUGAAUGCUUCACACAGUGGGUCUUGCCCUCCCCAAGACUGGAUAGAAGAGAAACUGCAAGAGGUUUGCGAAGAUCUGGGGAUCGCUCGAGAUGGUCACCUGAACCGGAAGAAGCUGGUUUCCAUCUGCGAACAGUACGGACUACAGAACGUGGAUGGAGCGACACUGGAGGAAGUCUUUCUCAGUCUGGAUCCCGAUGGUACAAUGAGCGUCGAAGACUUUUUCUAUAGUCUGUUUAAAACUGGGAAGUCCCUCACAACAUCGGCAUCUACUCCCUACAGACAACUAAAGCGGCAUCUCUCUAUGCAGUCUUUUGAUGAAAGUGGACGGAGGACCACCACCUCGGCAGCCAUGACAAGUACCAUCGGCUUCCGGGUCUUCUCCUGCUUGGAUGACGGGAUGGGCCAUGCAUCUGUGGAGAGGAUCCUGGACACCUGGCAGGAAGAAGGCAUUGAGAACAGCCAAGAGAUCCUGAAGGCCUUGGAUUUCAGCCUGGAUGGAAAUGUCAACCUGACGGAACUGACGCUGGCUCUUGAGAAUGAACUCUUGGUUACCAAGAACGGCAUUCACCAGGCAGCUCUGGCCAGCUUCAAGGCUGAGAUCCGGCAUUUGUUGGAACGAGUUGACCAAGUGGUCAGAGAGAAAGAGAAGCUACGGUCGGACCUGGACAAGGCAGAAAAGCUGAAGUCUCUGAUGGCUUCAGAGGUCGACGAUCACCAUGCGGCCAUUGAGCGGAGGAAUGAGUACAACCUCAGGAAGCUGGAUGAGGAAUACAAGGAGCGUAUAACAGCCUUGAAAAACGAACUCCGCCAAGAGAGGGAGCAGAUCCUGCAGCAGAUGGGCAAGCAGCGGGUGGAGCUCGAGCGGGAAAUUGAAAAGGCCAAAACGGAAGAGAACUACGUCCGGGACCGCCUUGCCCUCUCCUUGAAGGAAAACAGUCGCCUGGAAAACGAGCUUACGGAAAACGCGGAGAAGCUGGCAGAGUAUGAGGCCCUGACCAACAGACUUCAGCACAAUCUGGAAAAUGUGUUGGCAGAAAAGUUUGGUGACCUCGAUCCCAGCAGUGCUGAAUUCUUUCUUCAAGAGGAGAGGUUGGCGCAGAUGCGAAAUGAGUAUGAGCAACAGUGCAGGCUUUUACAAGACCAAGUAGAUGAACUUCAUUCAGAGCUAGAAGAAUAUCGUUCACAAGGCAAAAUCUUCAGGCUCCCCUUGAAGAACUCGCUGUCAGAAGAACUUGACCUUAACAGUGGUGGCAUUGAACCCGACCAAGGGCUCGGUUCUGAAGAAUGCAAUCCCCUGAAUAUGAGCAUUGAAACAGAGCUGGUCAUCGAGCAGAUGAAAGAACAGCAUCACAGGGACCUGUGCCACCUCAGGCUGGAGCUGGAAGAGAAGGUGCGCCAUUAUGAGAGGCAGCUGGAUGAAACCAGGGUGACCUGUGAAAAGGAGCAGGCGGCCAUGAAGCAACAAUACGAGCAUGGAAUACACACCUUGGAGACCCAGAUAAGUGACCUCCGAGGUGAGAUUGCAGAUCUCCAAGGGCAGGCAGUGGUGCUGAAGGAGGCCCGCCACGAGGCCAGCUGCCGGCACGAAGAGGAAAAGAAGCAGAUGCAACUGGCCUUUGAGGAGGAGAAGACUCAGCUUCAGGAGGAGCUGCGGCUGGAGCGCGAGCGGGAGCUCGAGGCCAGGCUGCAGCAGGCAGAGGAAAGCUUUCAGCGGGAGAGAGAGGAGCUCGCUCAGGGGGCUGCCUGGGCCCAAGAGAAGGUGAGGGACUUGACUCAAAACCUGGAGCAGUCUUACCAGGAGCAGCUGAUGGGCCUGGUGGAGAAGCACGCGCUAGAGAAAGAGGAGCUGAGGAAAGAGCUCUUGGAACGCCACCAAAGGGAACUUCAAGAGGAAAGGGAAACAAUGGAGACAGAGUGUACUAGAAGAGUCUCUCAGAUAGAAGCCAAGUCUCAGGCUGACUGUGAGGAAGUCACUGAGCGCUGUGAACAAAGUCUGCAAAGCCUGGAGGGGCACUACCGCCAAGAGCUGAAGGACCUCCUGGACCAGCACCUGGAGGAGAGAGCCCAGUGGGAGUUUGAAAAGGAUGAGCUCACUCAGGAGUGCACGGAUGCCCAGGAGCAGCUGAAGGAGGCGCUCCAGAGGGAGAAGGCAAGCUCUGUCAUCCUGACCCAGGAGCGAGAGAUGAUGGAGAAGACAUACAAGGAACGCUGGACCAGCCUGAGCAUGGAAAGAGAUCGGCUGCUACAAGACCUGGAAGACCUACGGAACACUUCUGAGAGCCAGCACCGCCUCUUGUCUGACCAGAUACUUGAAUUAAAGAGAAGUCAGGAGAGAGAGCUGAGGGAGCGGGAGCUCUGCCAGACAGGGUCCUUUGAGCAGCUGGCCAGCCAGCAGCUUGAAAGGCUACAGGUAGAACGAGAGCAAGAGAGGCAGGAAAUGCUAGGCAAGCUUGCGGCCCUGGAGAGCGCCCACAGAGCGAGCCGUGAGAGAGCAGAUCUAGAGAAGGCAGAGCUGAGUGCAGAAAUCCACAGGCUUCAAAAUACAGUCAAGGACAUGCAACAGGCGACGGCUCCCCUCUCGGUGUUUCAGGGUGCUCAUUCCCUGAUAAUGGCAGGGGAGGAGGCAGAAGGAAAUGGGGACAUGUCCCUGCUCCAGCAAGGCGAGCAGCUGUUGGAAGAAAAUGGAGACGUCCUCCUUAGCCUGCAGAGAGCCCAUGAGCGCGCAGUGAAAGAGAAUGCAAAAAUGGCUACUGAAAUUUCCCGAUUGCAACAGAGGCUGAAAAAGCUGGAGCCAGGGUCAGUGAUGUCGUCCUGCUUGGAGGAGCAAAUGGCUGAGACCUCUGGAAGUUCCAGGGAGCAGGCAGAGCCAUUUUUAUCACAAAUUAAGCAAGGAGAAAGUGUAGCCGCUAAGCACAUUCUCAGUGACCUAAGAGAGCGCGAGGCCCAGGACUUGGGAAGUACGGGGACAAGCUCUGUACGGAGGCAGGAGGGCAAAAGCGAGGAGUCGGAAACUUCCCUGGAGUGCCUGUCUGAGCUUGGAAACAGUGAAGAUACCAGGACGGAAUCCUGGGACCUGAAGAGCCAGAUCGUUCAGCUGCAGGACCAGCUAACGGUCUUGCGUGCAGACUGCGAUCGGGCUUCGGAAAGGAAACAGGACCUGCUCUUUGAUAUCUCCGUGUUGAAGAAGAAACUAAAGAUGCUCGAGAGACUCCCCGAGGCAUCUUCCAGAUAUAAGUUGUUAUAUGAAGAUGCCACUAGAGAGAACGCCUGCCUCCAGGAGGAGUUGAGACUCAUGGAGACACGCUACGAUGAGUCGCUGGACAGCAACAAAGAGCUCACUACUGAAGUCUUCAGGCUGCAGGAGGAGAUGAGGAAAAUGGAGGAGGUGGUGAAAACGUUCCUUAGCCUGGAGAAGAGCUACGAUGAGGUCAAAAUGGAAAAUGAGGAGCUCAGUGCUCUUGUGUUGAGACUUCAAGGGAAGAUGGAGAAGUUGCUGGAAGGAGCCCCUCUGCACUAUGACAGCUACCCCUUGUGGGACACCCCUUCAGAAAACCUGGAGGUCAUCUCUGAUGAAAAUGUGCUUGACCUCCAUCCGACCCCAGAAGCGCGUACACCCAAGGUCACGAGCAUGCACGUCAUAGAAGAGCGCAGAGAAGAAACCAAAUGCUGUGAGCAGGGAAGCACGCGACUCCUGGCUCGAAUAAAAGCGCACGAGGUUGCCUGGUUCCACGGGACAACUCAGACCCAUCACGAGAAGCUCAGUGUGCAGAAUCAAGUCACCCUGGAGGAGAGGACUGCUCUCCCAGGUCUCCAAGACACACAGUUUCAUCAGGUCACAAUCGCAGAACUAGGACUGGAGAAGCAAAAGCUACAGGAGCUGACUAGAAAGUUGAGGGAGCGAGUCAGUACAUUAAUUAAGCAAAAAGACGCGCCUUCUCAAGGAGAGAAGGAAGAGGAGCUGAAGGCAAUGAUGCAUGACUUGCAGGUCACGUGCAGUGAGAUGCAGCGGAAAGUUGAGCUUCUGAGAUAUGAGUCUGAAAAGCUACAGGAGGAAAAUUCUAUUUUGAGAAACGAGAUUACUACUUUAAAUGAAGAAGACACCAUCUCUAACGAGAAAUCAGAUGCAUUCAAUGGAUCUCAGGAGGAGCUGUGGCAGAAAAUAGAAACUGUAGAACAGGAAAAAGCUUCGAUUCAGAAGAUGGUAGAAAAAUUAAAGAAACAGGUUUCAGAUUUAAAAAUCAAAAACCAACAGUUGGAUUCAGAAAAUGCAGAACUCAGCCAAAAGAACUCCCAAAACAAGGAAGAGCUGCAGAACCUCAAUCAACGCCUGGCAGAGAUGCUAUGCCAGAAGGAGGGGUCGGGAGCUUGCUCCUCGGAGAGAUGGGAACAAGAAAACGCGGCUCUGAGAGAAGAGCUGGACCACUACAAAGUGCAGACUUCCACUUUAGUGGCUUCUCUGGAGGCAGAGCUUUCUGAAGUUAAACUGCAGACUCACAUUGUGGAACAGGAAAACCUUCUUCUCAAAGAUGAACUGGAGCAACUGAAGCAGCAGCACAGAUGUCCUGACCUCUCUGACUUGCAGCAAAAAAUGGCUAGCGUUCUAAGCUACAACGAAAAGCUGCUGAAGGAGAAAGAAGUUCUAAGCGAGGAAUUAAACAGCUGCACUGAUAAGUUGGCAAAGUCAAGCCUUUUGGAGCACAGAAUCGCUACAAUGAAGCAGGAACAGAAGUCCUGGGAGCGGCAGAGUGAAUCCUUGAAGUCACAGCUGGUGACCUCCCAGGAAAAGGUUCAGAAUUUAGAAGAGAUCCUGCAGAAUGUAAACCUUCAGAUGUCCCAGAUUAAAUCAGACCUCCAAGUGACUCAGCAGGAGAAGGAGGCUCUGAAGCAAGAAGUGAUGUCUUUACGCACACAACUUCAGAAUGCUUGUGACAAGGACUGGGUCUCAGAAACAGCCACCCAUGACCAGCAGCAAAGGCUGUCCUGGGACAAGCUGGAUCACCUGAUGAAUGAAGAACCACAGCUGCUUUGUCAAGAGAGCAAGAGACUCCAGACAGCGGUGCAGAACACCAAAGCGGACCUCACGCACUCCCGGGAGAAGGUUCGCCAACUGGAAUCCAACCUUCUUCCCAGCAAACCUCAGAAACAACUCCACCAGUCAUGUACUGUGAAACCCAUAGAACAAGAAAAGUUGACGUUAAAGAGAGAGUGUGAACAGUCUCAGAAAGAACAAUCUCCUACUAGUAAGAAGGUCAGUCAGAUGAGUUCUCUUGAGCGAGAAUUAGAAACAAUCCACUUGGAAAACGAGGGUCUGAAGAAGAAACAGGUGAGACUGGACGAGAAGCUAAUGGAGAUGCAGCCCCUGAAGUCCACUGUGACGCUUAGCCCAUCCUCUCACUGGGAUCUGCAGCUGCUCCAGCAGCAAGCCUGUCCGAUGGUGCCCAGGGAGCAGUUUCUGCAGCUUCAACAGCAGCUGCUGCAGGCAGAAAGGAGAAGCCAGCACCUGCAGGAGGAGCUUGACAAUAGGACCUUGGAAACCAACACACCGCAGGGAAGCCAGGAGCACCUGGUCAAUCUCAUGGAGGAACGAAUGAUAGAAGUGGAACAGAAGCUGAAGCUGGUCAAAAGGCUUCUUCAGGAGAAAGUGAAUCAGCUCAAAGAACAGCUCUGCAGGAACACGAAAGCAGAUGCCAUGGUGAAGGACUUGUAUGUUGAAAAUGCCCAGCUGUUGAAAGCUCUGGAAAUGACUGAGCAGCGGCAGAAAACAGCAGAGAAGAAGAAUUACCUCCUAGAGGAGAAGAUCGCCAGCCUCAGUACCAUUGUCAGGAACCUGGCACCUGCGCCCCUGGCUUCUACGCCUCCUUUGAGGUCAUAGCCGUACCAAAGGAUGCACCUGCGUUUGUGUACUGUCCUGACAUCCUUGGAACACUUCAAUCCGUUCUCUGAACCCUCUAAGAACUUUCAAUGGCUUCUUGUCGAGCCUACCCAAAGUCUGCUCUGCCAGCAAUGGAAUCUGAGUCUCCGAAUGAAUGCUUAGAGGAAUUCCAUAAAUGACAUAUUUCACUAUUUAAAUUACCCAUGAGCAUUAAACUUUUAAAGUAUGCUCUGGAUAGCUACCAAGAAUGAAAAUAAUUUAAGUACUUAAAAUGCCAGUUUUUAAUGGGUUUUUAAUUGCUAUUAGCUGUAUAUACAACCCAGAUUCCCUUUAAGUUUGAGAUCUAGCUAGAGUGGUUAUUAUAUUAUUAUAAUCUUUAUUUUUGGAAACAUUUAAGUACUGUAAUCAUUAUGCUUAUACUAGUUUUGUUUCUUUGAAUUAAUUGGUUGACUGCAGUUCUGCUCAAAGAAGGCUUGGCCAGUAGCUAGACACUGAGGUCAGAAAAGCCCCAGUUUUGUAAGAUUCUGGCUUCUGGUGCCUGUUCUUACUACUCCUGCUAUGUAAUAGAUUCAGAACCGACUUGCUCAACUGUACUCUAUACUGAGGAUAAAGUCUUACUUUAUUUAUUAGCCCUUUCUCCUCCUCUUAAAGCUUUUUGUUUGGGACCUUGUGUUCUAAAAAAUGGAUAAAACUGCAUUUUAAAAAUAUUUGAACUAUGGGAAGAUCACCAAACAGCCCUCUUUGGAGUAAAGCACCACUCUUGGAAGAAGAUUACCUGGAAUGUGACGGGCGUGGUUUCCUCUCUCCCAAGCCUUGGAGUUCAUGGACAGAACUUUUGAGUUUGCAUCAAGAGCUCAGGGAACAAUUUCUAAGCUGUCUUCCUGAACUUCUUACUGCCCAGCCUCUCUAAGAAUUGGAGUUGUAUAAACCUAAA